UGGCCGGCUCCCUUUCGAUUUCAGGAAACUAACUGUCAAGCUUGGUAGAGAAGAUGGUUCAUCAGAGGUGCUGCUGGGGAAAACUCAUGUUAUGGGUUUUGUGACUUCGCAACUAGGGAAGCCUUAUAGAGACCGGCCUAAUGAGGGGAGCCUUGCAAUCUAUACUGAGUUUUCUCCAAUGGCUGAUCCUUCAUUUGAGGCAGGUCGCCCUGGAGAGUCUGCUGUUGAGUUGGGACGAAUAAUUGAUCGUGGUCUAAGGGAAAGUAGAGCUGUGGACACUGAAUCUCUCUGUGUUGUAGCAGGGAAGUGGGUGUGGUCUAUCCGUAUUGAUCUCCAAAUUUUAGACAAUGGAGGGAACCUUAUUGAUGCUGCCAACAUCGCAGCCUUAGCUUCCCUCUCAACAUUCCGGAGGCCUGAUUGCACCGUUGAAGGAGAAGAUGGGCAGGAAAUUACUUUGCACCCACCUGAGGUCAGGGAACCACUUCCACUGAUCAUUCAUCAUAUGCCUAUAGCAGUGACCUUUGGAUUUAUUGGAAACGAGAACAUAGUGGUUGUAGAUCCAACUCACUUUGAAGAGGCUGUAAUGGGAGGAAGAAUGACAGCAACUGUUAAUGCAAAUGGUGAUGUCUGUGCCAUUCAGAAGGCGGGAGGAGAUGGUGUCAUGCAGAGUGUUAUAAUGCAGUGUCUUCGCAUUGCUUCAGUGAAGGCUGGUGAUAUAACAAGCAAGAUAAAGAAUUCUGUUGAAUUGUACUGCACAGAAAGAGGUCUUAGGAAGAUCAAAAGACACACACAUGCUACUACAGCAAUUGACAUUCCUGACUCAGGUAAUGGGGAAGUCAGUGAUCUGUCAAUGCAGAAUAUGGAUAUACAGAGAGUCAAAUUAGAGGAUCUCUGUGUCAGUCGUAGUGAUGACAUGGAUGUUGAAACACAAAUUUCUAAGCCAAAUAGAAAUGAAGGGGAAGUUAACAAAUUUCCGAAUUUUUCCGGCAGGCCCUCAAGUUGGGAUCCAUAUUCAACGGUUGUCAACAUAGAAGAAUUGAAAUCUACUCUUGGUUCACAUGGAGGCUUAUCAGCUGUCCUUGAGAAGAAUAAGGCUUAUGGAAAUGAUGAAACAGUGCAUGAAAAGCCUGCUGUAGCAGAUUCUGGACAAUGUCAAGGAGAUUUUAACGCUGCUGCACCUUCAAUAAACUUGAGAUCUGGAGAUCAAAUGUCGACUCACACGGUGAAAUCAUUAAAGGAUGCUAUAAAGCCUAAGCACAGACGUAAAAAGAAGGCCACCAUGAAAGCUGCUGCUGAUGAAACUUAGAGGUCAUAAGCCAGAGUUAUCUUUUCAAAAUGAUAUAGUAGCAGUGUAGAAACAGGAGUCAUUCCCAUAUUUGACUAUAAUGAUGAGACGGAAGCAAGACCUGUGGUCUGUGGAUAACUUACAGUACAACCAACUCUCUUACAAAGAUCAUCUUUGACGCAAGAAAAUAUGCUUCGGAUGACGGAGUUUGCCAUCUUUGACACAAGUAUUGUUAUUACUGCUUAUUCCCUUGUUAGUUUACAUGACAAUCAAUAUUGGCUAUAGAAAAUAGAAAGACAUUUUUGUCAUUAUUUUUGCCUUUUCAAAAUUAAUCUGUUCCCGUGAAAGGUCCUGACUCCUGAGCCAAUUUGUUCCUAACAUUUCACGGUCAGGACUCAGGCAUCAUGGUUUUGCAUUUUCCUGACAGACUGCUAGCUACUGUUCUUUGUAGGAUUUUCUGGUUUAAUAUUUUUUACAAGUUUACUGUAGUAUGGUUUGGAAUUUUGUUCUUAUAGAUAUAUACAUUAGUAUUAGUGCAAUAUGCCU